AUGAAGUCGAUUUGGUUGUCGCUCCUGCUUGCCGCAGCCGUCAGCUCAAUUGAAAUCCCCGUCCAAAGGAGGCUCGUGGCCAGCACUCUCAGUUCGGGAAUUCCGGUUGAUGUUGAUACCGCCUCCAAGGCAUACGUUGGAGUUAUUUCGUUGGGGAGUCCAGGUCAAGAUUUCAACGUGGCCUUUGACGUGAAUACGCCGGCUUUGUGGGUGCCCGACUCUGCGUGCUCUUGCGGCGACAGAUGCAAAAAUGGUAAGGGUUGAACACUGUGUGCGGACUAACAGGGGAAGUACUCCAAGUGCGACGCUCAGAUUUUCUUUAAAAUUUGCACACACGUCGGGUAUGGACUAAGUAUCAAUUCCUGAAAGUUUUAGCUCGCGCUUUCCGGGCGCCGCCGAGAUAUCGAACGAUUUUUGCCGCCGAGACAGCACGCUAAGCGUGGAGAGCGGUCAGAGAGAAAAGCGCUUUUUGGUUAUAACUUUGGCAGUUUCGUGCGGAAAAAUUUGAUUUUUUGUAGAAACAUGACCCUUUACGGUAGAAAUAAGCACGAAACUUUUCGUGCCGAAAUUCCGCAAAAAGUGAUAAAUUUUGGCCGACUUUCGAUCUAAAAAUCUCGGUUUUUUCUGCAAAGCGCGAGCUAGGAUUUUCGCAUAUAUCUUAGAAAAAAUUAUUCUAAAUGUGUGCCAAGUUUCAUCAAAAUCUGAGCGUCGCACUUGGAGUAUUUCCCCUGUAAAGUAUCACGUUUGAAUGCCUUAAUCCAGAGGACAAAGAAACCAUUUUUUUUCUAGAGAAACUGUGCCCUCUGCUUUGUGCUUCCCAUUGCUGUGCCAAGAACUUAUUGGCCGACGAGGAGAGUGGCUCGUGCUCAAACAAACUCGUUUUCGACCCACAGAAGUCUCGAUCAUACGUUGGAGGUAAGGGUGUCGUAAUGCCCCCUACUUGUUUCCCGUCUGUACAUAAAAUCUGUAAUUUGACGCUUCAGGCAACGCGACCGUCGACCUCAAAUUCCUGGGACGCACGGUGAAGGCGGCUACUGGCUACGACACCCUCAGGAUUGGACCUCAUUAUCGGCCGGGGCUCACCGCCAACACCAUUAAAUUCGGACGUGUGUCGGAGUUCCACAAGGACUACAAACUUGUCAACUACGAUGGAGUUUUUGGGCUGGGUUUCGGCGAAGUGAACGGACUCCCCUCUCCCAUCAAACAACUGGCUUCUCAUGGAGUCAUCCCUUCGCCUCUCCUUACCGCCUACAUUUACAACCAAACGCGUAGCACCACUGUUGACGGGGUUCUGACUAUUGGCGAGGUUGACAAAAGACGCUGCAAAGCUGUUGAGGUCUUUGUCGAGACCGACCGUACCGCCGAUGCAUGGGUGUUCAGCUCUCCGGUCUUCAACGUCAGCAGGACUUCUGGGACAACCAACGGAAGUUGGCUGGGAGUUCUCGACUUCAACGCAAAUUAUAUCCAAGUUCCUCCCGCUGCUUUCACACUCAUUCGAAAUUACAUGAGAGGCACCGUUGGCGAGGACGGUCGUAUCACCAUUCCAUGCAUUAAUAUCCCUGUGUACUUCAACAUUGGCGGCCAAUCGUUGGCAUUAAACACUGCGACGUUCACCGAACAUGCCGGUGGGAUGUGCAAACUCAACAUUAGAGAAACACCUAGCUCAGACAAGUACGCCUUCCGUUUUGGUUUGCCACCCUUGCAAAGCCAUUGCAUCGUUCUUGAUUACAACGGCAGGCUUGCGUUCACUCCUAAGAAAGUCUAA